AUGGUGGUGGUGGCUGGCCAACAGCCACAGGAGAACCAUGAUACAAAGAUUAACCAUGGUACUAUCAAGGGGUCUCGACAUCUAGUUUCUACCACAAUACGCAGCUCGUCUUCUACCCUUGUGUCUCUGCUUCACAUCAGUGACACUUAUGGAGUUGACGAUGCUUUUAAAGUGCAUUUGACACUUACCUCUUGA